UCUUUUUCUGGUGUUCAAGAUUAGCGGUAGUUCGUAAAAAAACUGAGUUCGAUAUGGUUUUAAGGUGUUGGAAAACAGCAGUGCUCGUGAUAAUUCUGUUACACAUUCAACCCUCAGCAACUGAAGAUGAGAGCGAUUCAACGGAAAAUUUAAUUGAAAGCAUAACAAAAAACCAGAAAGUGAACCCUAACAAAAACGAUGUCACCGAUGGAACGGAAGAUGAGGAAACUAUUGAAGAUUGGUACGAUUUUGUGAUAGUUGGAGCAAGUCCCACCGGGUGUGUGCUAGCGAACAGAUUAACAGAAAACCCGGAAUGGAAAGUGCUACUUUUGGAGGCGGGAGAGCGGGAAAACUUCUUCGUAAAGGUGCCCGUUUUUGCUGCCUAUAUGCAGUCUACAAGUUACAACUGGGGAUACCUGGCCGAGCCGCAGAAUUAUUCAUGUUGGGGAAUGAAAGAACAACGCUGUGCAUUACCCCGCGGAAAGGGACUCGGAGGAUCAACACUCAUCAAUUACAUGAUGUACGUCCGAGGGAAUCGGCAGGACUUUGACAGCUGGGCAGCAGUAGGAAACCCUGGAUGGUCGUACAAAGACGUGCUUCGGUACUUCAAGAAAUCGGAAAAAUCGUUUCUGGACAUCACCAACGGAUACCAUGGACAGGAUGGACCGCUGGAUGUUCGAUUUGUACCGUACCGUACUAAAAUGGCACGCAUAUUUCUGAACGGGCUCCAAGAACUGGGAUUUCCACUGGUAGACUAUGAUGGCGAACAGCAACUGGGAGCGUCAUUUCUGCACGCCAAUAUCAGGAACGGGCAGCGACUAACAGCAAGCACGGCAUAUCUGGAUAACGUUCUAGAUCGACCAAACUUGCACAUUCUCACCGACUCAAGAGCGACAAAAAUUCUCAUCGAUGCCAAAACAAAGAGGGCUUACGGUGUUCAGUUUGUUCAAGAUAAGAAGCGUUAUACCAUACUAGCGAAAAAAGAAGUGAUUCUGAGUGCAGGAGCACUUCAAUCCCCACAACUACUGAUGCUCUCUGGUGUUGGACCAAAAGAGCAUUUGCAAAAUGUAGGAGUGCCAGUAAUUGAAAACCUUCCCGUGGGUAAAAUCCUGUAUGACCAUAUUUACUUCACAGGUUUGACAUUCACAACAGAUACUCAAAAUUUUACGUUGCACGCAAAUCGGGUUCUUACUCUGAAAAUGUUAGGAAAAUAUCUACAAGGAGAUGGGACUUUAACAAUUCCUGGAGGAGUUGAAGUGAUUGGUUUCAUAAAUACUCAAAAUACUAGUCGAGAUGCCGUCCCUGAUGCAGAGCUAAUUUUUGUCAAUGGUUCACCAGCAGCUGAUCAUGGCAGUGCCAUUCGGAGAGGUUUCCGUCUAAAAGACGAUGUAUAUGAAACAUACCGUUCGCUUGAAUCUGGUGAAAGAGAUGCAUUCAGCGUGCAUUUGGUUUUACUGCACCCUAAAUCAAGGGGCUACAUGGAACUAAAAAAUAAUAAUCCAUUCAAAUGGCCUCGAAUUUACACAAACUAUUUAAAGGAGGAUGAUGAUAUAGAAACACUUUUAAGGGGUGUAAAGCGAGUUCUGAAAAUAUUAGACACCCCAACUAUGAAAAAGUUCGGCGUAAAGCUUCACAAUAUUCCACUGCCUACGUGUGCACGUGAAAAGUACGGUACCGACGAUUACUGGCGUUGUGCGCUGCGAUCUCUUAGCACCUCAAUGUACCAUCAGACAGCAACAUGUAAAAUGGGUCCUCAAACGGACCCAGAAGCAAUUGUUUCUCCAGAACUUCAAGUGCAUGGAAUUUCCAGCUUGCGAGUGGCAGAUGUCAGUAUCAUACCGGUUACAUUCAGUGGCCAUCCGGUUGCCAUUGCUUAUAUGAUCGGAGAAAAGCUAUCAGACAUCAUAAAAUAUCACUGGCGAAACCAAACAAGCGUAUAGAAUUAUUAGGAAAAUGGAACUUACUGCUGGACAUGGAUGAAAAUAACGCCGUACGUUCAUCAUGCCAAGUACAUUCAAGUGCUAGUCAAUGAGCCUUUAUACUUAUGUGUUUUACCUGAAAAUAAACGAAAGAGUAAUAGGUGAGAAACUCGCAUUAUAAAAAGUAAAUAAGUAAUUUAUAUUUCU